AGCAGGGAGAAGGACAAGUCCAGGGGCCCAGGGUGAAGACUGGAGGGCUUCCACUUAGAUUCCCAAGCGGCCAUCAAAUGAGUCCCCUUUUUCCUAAAGGCUCCCGAGGAGGAAGGUUUCCCAGCCUUCCCGAUCAUCUGGUCCUGAAGCUAGGCACCACCCUACCCUCCUCCCUCCGCCAACAAUUUCUGCCCCAUCCUCGGGGACCUGGCAGAGGCUCAAGACGUUCUGCCGAUUUGCCCCUCAGAGAAUGCCAGGGUUCCCAGGGAGGCGGUGUGGGCUCCUGGAAGGAAGGAGCUUGGUGCCCCAAAGUUGGGCUCCCUCACUUAGCAGCUCUCUGACCGCCCUUAAGACCAACGGAGCUAGAAAGGACCUUAGCAAGCAUCCAGACCCCCCAAUUCUCACUUUGUUGAGACCUUCCCCCCCCCCACUGGGAAGAAACCUCUGCAAGAUCUCCUAAUCUCCCAUUCCAAAGGGACUUCAGGUGCCCUUAGCCCAGACUUCCCACCUCCACAAGGGAGGUCUCCCUGCUUGAAAGCCUUCAGAGAAAGGGAAGCCACCAACUGAGUCUUGGGUUGGGGGCAGAGGGAGAAGGCAACCCACAUUUGAGGCGGCAGCUAGGUGGUCCACUGAAGAGAGCCAACCUCAGACACUUGGCAACUGUGUGACCCUGAACAACUGACUUCACUUCUUUUCAACCCUCACCUUCCUUCUUAGAAUCAAUACCAAGUAUUGGUCCCAAGACAGAUGAGUGCUAAGGGCUGGGCAUGGGGCUUAAGUGACUUGCCCAGGGUCACACAGUACUACUUCACUUGUUUCCCUCAUUUUCCUUAUCUGUAAAAUGGGGAUAAUAACAGCACCUGUCUCUUUGGGUUGCUGUGAGGAUCAAAUGAGAUAAUAUUCAUGAAGUGUUUUACAACUCUUUGAGAGGAGCUAUGUAAGUCCCCACUGCACUGUCAUUACUUACUAUUAUGCUACUUGGAAGUGUCUGCUAAUAGGAAAAGCAGACACAUACCACCCCAAAUCAAGUAUUCCCAGUUCUGCUGCUUACUGCUCUUGAGACUCUGGACAAAUCCCUGCCCCACUCUGGAUCUCCGUUUUCUACUCCAUAGAAGGUGGGGACCGUGCUAUGAGCCCUUUCUUGUUUUACAACUGGGGUCCUCUAGCUAUUAAGGAAGAUGGGGCCUCUGAUUUCUGAAACGACUCUCUGAGAGGUUUGGACCAUGUGCAACAAGACCAGAUGAAACCAGGGACCCAACAAUAUGACUCCUUGACACAGGGCAUCUGUUCCCAAGUAGAAUCACUGCUUGCUCUCUCUCCCUCUCUCCCUCCCUCCGUUCCUCUCUCUUCCACUCCAUCCCUCUCCCCGCCCUGUCUCUCUCUGUCUGUCUCUGCCUGUCUGUCUGUCUAUCUCUUUCUGUCUGUCUCUGUCUCUCUCCCUCUGCCUCUCUGCCUGUCUGCCUGCCUGCCUGUAUAUCUGUCUGUCUGUCUCUGCCUGUCUGUCUGUCUAUCUCUUUCUGUCUGUCUCUGUCUCUCUCCCUCUGCCUCUCUGCCUGUCUGCCUGCCUGCCUGCCUGUAUAUCUGUCUGUCUGUCUCUGCCUGUCUCUCUCUCUGUCUCUCUCUUUGUCUCUCUGUCUCUGUCUGUCUCUGUCUCUCUCUCUCCCUCCCUCUCCCUCUCUUUGUCUCUGUCUGUCUCUCUCUUUCUCUCUCUCUCUCUCACGCUCUGUCUCUCUGUCUCUGUCUCUGUCUGUCUGUCUCUCUCUCUCUUUCUCUCUCUCUCACGCUCUGUCUCUGUCUCUGUCUCUCUGUCUCUCCCCCCCCCCUACCUUUUCCACGUGGCAAGAAGGAGAAACUGAAAUGGAAGAGGUUGAGACAGUGUCUGUUGCAAAGGCCGAAAGCACACACGUAACAGAAAAAUCAGUGUUCAGACUUUGUUCAUACUAGACAAAUUCUACUAACUACUACUACUACUAUAACUGUAACAAUGACUGCUACUAUAAGGGAGGAGGUCCAGACCUAUGAUUUUCUCCAUCCGUGUAGGGAGAUCCCAAUGGGAAAAUUCCCUCCCCCUGUGCAGCUAGGCAAUUUGUCCCUGACUUCCUUCCAUCUGUGACUUCCAGCUCUCCUUGAGGGCUGCAGGCUGCUUGAGAGAUUGUGAUUUGCCCAGGAUCACAGGGCUGUGUGUGUCAGAGGAGGAAUUGGAACCUAGGUCUUCCUAGGUCCAGCACCGCCCUUUCCCUACCAAGUCCCGGGGCCUUCCAAGGGGUUCAUAAUGUAAACAAAAAAUCAAGACUCUCCUACUAGACUCAAAAUGGUCCAUGGAGCAGUAGAGAUGACUCCAGAUUUCUUGCCUGAUGGCAGUUGGGUGAUGCGUAUUUUGGUUGGCACUGGUAGAUUCAUCUCUGUGGGGAGUUCCUGAGACCAGCGGCCCAUCUGAAUCUCCUGGGUGGAGGGUGUUGAGACUUGAACUCACGUCUAUCCUCUUGACUCUGAGGUGCAAGUGAGGCAGGAUGAACUGGACAGGCCUGUACGCCUUACUCAGUGGUGUAAACCGGCACUCUACCGCCAUCGGGCGCGUCUGGCUCUCAGUCAUCUUCAUCUUUCGCAUCAUGGUGCUGGUGGUGGCCGCUGAGAGCGUGUGGGGAGAUGAGAAGUCCUCCUUCAUCUGCAACACCAUGCAGCCUGGCUGUAACAGUGUGUGCUAUGACCACUUCUUUCCCAUCUCCCACGUGCGCCUGUGGGCCCUGCAGCUCAUCCUGGUGUCCACACCGGCCCUGCUUGUGGCCAUGCAUGUGGCCCACCAGCAGCAUAUGGAGAAGAAGCUGUUGCGACUUGAGGGCCACGGGGACCCCCUGAGCCUGGAAGAGGUCAAACGGCACAAGGUGCACAUCUCAGGCACACUGUGGUGGACCUAUGUCAUCAGUGUGCUCUUUCGCCUGCUCUUUGAGGCUGUCUUCAUGUAUGUCUUCUACCUGCUCUACCCAGGCUACGCCAUGGUGCGCCUGGUCAAGUGUGACAGCUACCCUUGCCCCAAUGUGGUGGACUGCUUCGUGUCACGGCCCACUGAGAAGACCGUCUUCACCGUCUUCAUGCUGGCUGCCUCAGGCAUCUGCAUUGUGCUCAACGUGGCAGAGCUGGUGUACCUCGUUGUCCGUGCCUGUGCCAGGCGGGCCCAGCACCGCUCCAACCCACCCUCACGCAAGGGUUCGGGAUUUGGCCACCGGCUGUCCCACGAGUGCAAACAGAACGAGAUCAACAAGCUGCUCAGUGACCAAGAUGGCUCCCUCAAAGACAUACUGCGGCGCAGCCCGGGCACUGGAGCUGGCCUCACUGAGAAGAGUGACCGCUGCUCUGCCUGUUGAGGAGGGCCUGGCUCCAGCCUGUCCUGGGUGCCCAAGCACCCAUCCCUUCCCUCCAGCCUGGGGCAUCCCAAAGAAGGGGUGGCCAAGGGACAGAUCCCACCCCCUCCUCCUCCCCGAGCUUGAGGGGCCACGGGAAGGUGUACUUCUUGCCAUUUCUCCUCCCCCUUUCUAAUCUCUGCUCCUCUCCAGGGGACCACCGGGUACUUCUGGAGAUGGGGGUGGGGGUGGCCCCAACAACAUUGAUGACACUAACCUUAACUGGGAUAACCUUUGGGGAUCCUGCCAGUGGGCUGGGGAUUGCUGCUGGCCCCUGGGAAGGGCUUGGAUGGCUGGGAAGAAGAAGGGUCUGAUUCCAUCUGAUGGGGGGGGGGGCAGGCGGGCCAAUGGGUGGGUGGUGCCUUUGAUUCUAGGGACCUGGGCUUGGGCCUGUGAUGUGACACAUAAAACAGGAUUUGACAAUAAACGUGGCUGGGCCUUG